UAAGCUCAACUAAAUUCAGGAAGUACCAAAUGUUGUUGCAUGUAGUUGAUAGAGGAUGCGUGCGAGGCUCACACAGGAAGUUUCAAGACCAAGUUGCAGUAUAGGAACACCCCCGUAUGAAAGGUUGAGCUGAAGCUGACUACUUGACAUUAGAAAGCAGCUCAUGAGAUAUGACAGAGGUAUCGGAUUUGGGUGAGUAGAUAAGGCAGAUAACCAUGCAGAAGGACUUGAAAUGUAAUAUGAACUGAAUCCAUUUUGCCUUUAUGUUGUCAUUGUUGGAGCUUAUUCUUCUAAAAAUUAGAGUUUUCUAUUUUUUUUGAAGUGUUACAAAAGCAUUGUCAGUUCUUGCUGUAUGUGGGUUGUAGAGAAGCUAAUAGUGUUUUUCUUAUGUUUCCACAUGGUUAAUCCAAGUUGAAGAUAGAACUAAUUUACUAGAUUCAGUUAGGGUUUGUUAGAACUGAACUUGAUCUCUUGCAUUACUUAAUGUCUCAUGCUUUAGGAGAGAAGAUUAGAGAUCAUGUCUGCUCACAGAACAAAGCAAAGCCUUGAUUUACAUCACUUGGUUGUUAACCAAAGUGAAACACCCAAGGCAGACGAGUUCCAUGUAGCAGGCGAUACUAAUGUACCACAACCAGAAGGAGAUACGGGACCAUUAAGUUUAUCGUCUAGUUCCCACAGUUCACAGUCUGAAACGCAGCCUCUUACUUCAGCAAACAGAAGAAAGCUGGGGUCCAGAAGAAGAAAUAAACAGCAGCAACAUGUGACGGACUCAGCAACCGAGAAACAGGACAAACCUAGAGAGGAACUUGAGGGAAACACCAAGUGUAAUGAAGCCCUCGAAACAAAACAACCUGAGAGGCAGGAAGAGUUAAAUAAUCAAGCUAGCAAGGAUGAUUCAUCUGUAACACGUGGCAGCUCUUUAUGGUCAUCCACCACCUCUGGUUAUUCUUGUGAAGUUCAGGUCCCUUCAACAAAAAACCCACAGGACAUCCCAGAAAUUCUGAUUCUUAAAAACGGAAAUAAACAGGCAGACAAAGAUGAAAAACUGCCAUAUUCGUAUGGCUUAGUGGAAACCAAGCUGGAAGUGACUGGUGCAGCUUCCUUUCUUCAGAGUGAGGAAAUCAAAGAAAAUACUGCUAGCAGCUCUGACUUGAUUAGCUCUCCCAGUGUGACAGAAAAUGAAAAGAGAAGAGAGGAAGAGUCCGACCUGUUAAGGCAAGAUGGGAAUGUUGAGGGCAACUAUUUGAAGGGUGAGUCACAUGCACAAUCUAUAGACACAAGGUUUUCUACGACACCAGAGGUAACCACCGACAAAUGCAACCCCAAGCAAAAUACUGAACCUGCAGAUAUAAAAAAUGAGAACUUCUCCCUUCAUUUGGACGCUCAGCUUCAGGAUUGCUCUGUCAGUACAAAGGAGAGCAUUGACACCAAUUUCAGCACAUCGGUGAACCGAAGAAAACUGGGGUCUGCUCGUAGAAAUAAAAGGCCACCGCAUGUAAAGGAUCCUGUCACUGAAUCUGAAGGGGAACCUGUUGAAAAGUUUGCGGGUUUUGACUUCUUUGAAACAGCAAUAGUUUCAUCAUUAACAGAGACAGAUGUGACGUCUGUGGAAGCCAUGCUGGAAGGAAUGAACAGAUCUCCCACUGAUGAAAUUGAAAAAAAAGAAACUGCCCAUGUUGGCAUCUCUGAGUUAAGUAGUUCAAAUUUCCUUCCAACUUCCAGUGAACCACUGAUGAACCAAUCAAAUGUCAGGGAGAUGCCACAUGAGCUUGCCAGUGUGUACUCUGAAACAAAUGUGGAAGGUAAAGAAAGAGAAGAGGAUGCAGACAUGUCAAAGCCGUGGGGGAGUUUUCACGGCAGUGACUUGACGAAUGAGCCACGUGUGAAAUCAGACUUAGAGUGCCCUAUGAAUCUAGAGAAACCCACAGAAGAAGACCACGGAGAACACACAGAACCUGAGCGCUUUGUUGAGCUUGCAAUAGAUUCAUCACCAAACGAGGAGUUGUCUACAUAUGAGGAACAGAAUGAGCAUUUCAGCUUAUCCGAAGUCAGUGGACCUCAGGACUUGUAUGAAGAGGAGGUUAAACCUGCAGAAAUACAUCAUUCCUUUGAUGGUGCGAAUUCUGAAAUCUGUUUGGCAAACCUGACAGACCAAGCUGAAGUCGGUGACUCAUUCAGAUCUGAGUCGAGUGUGAAGGGGAUGGAAGAUUCAGUUACUGAGCAGGAAGUCUCAAAACCUGAUUAUAAACAGGACGAACCCCCUGAAAUGCAAAGCAAUGUAGAGGCUUUCAAACAGAUGAAUGAAGAUGAUCAAGUAUAUGAUCCAAAGAAACCAGAGACCAGUGACAUGGAGGGACUGGACACUGCAGUCGUUCAAGUAUAUGCAAAUGAAGGCCAAUUAGAGGAUGAUAUAAAACCCAGCGUGGAACAAACAAGUCAUCAGGAGAAAGAAGGAGUCCCCACUGACAUGACUGAGAGCAAAUCUCCUCUAGAGAGUGCGGAAUCCGAAACAUUUUCUCCUUUUGACUCACAACAUCAGGACACUUCAUUAAUAAUAGAUGACCAAAACAACACCGACUUCAACCCAAUUAGCAACAGAAGAAAACUGGGUUCUAGUCGUAGAAAUAAAAGACAGAAGAUUGUGGAGAGCCCUAGUGUUGAAUCAGAGAUGUCAUUAAUGCUAGACACAGACAUCCAAGAAUUAUCAAUGCAAAUGAUGCAGGAAGGAAGGGACAAAGCAGACCCAUCUCAGACUGAAGAUGUCUGUGAUGAAAAUCAAGAAAGUGCACAUAGUAGCCACACUGGAUUAAGUAGUGUUAGUGUACAUUCAAGUUCUCCAGUUGAGCAACAGGUAACUGAACAACCAAAUUCCUCAGCCAGCACUCACUCUCCAGUAACAGAUACAGAAAGUAAACAGGACACAGAUCUUUUAAUGCGGUGGGGAUUUUUACAGGCCGACAACUCGCUGUAUGACACCCAUUUAAAAGCAGAGAGUUUGGAGUCCUCCACCCAACCAGAGAUAACCACAGAAAAAAGCAGCUACAGAGAACAUACAUGGCCUAAAUAUGGAAUUGAGCAAGUGGCAGAUUCAUCACCAAAAGAGGAGAUGUCUAUAAUGAUGAGUCAAAAUGAACAUUUGAGCUCAUCUGAGGUCGGAGGUACCCAGCACUCUGAGGAUGUUGUGGAGGAAGUGCAUGAAGAGGAGGUAAAGCCAAUACAUAUCGAUGACUCCUCAGUUGAGGAAAGCAACCCCUGUUUCCAAACUCUGGAAUCAGAAACAAAAUCGCCUCUUGAUUCGCAACCUGUGGAUAAUUCUGUGAGCAUCAAAGAGGAAACUCAGUCGGGCUUCAAACUCACAGGAAACAGAAGAAAACUGGGGUCCAGCCGAAGACUUAAAGGAAGACGGCACAGCCCAGAGAUUACUGGACCAGAAGAGGAGGUUGUAGAAAUUACCUGCAGUGAUGAAGAAAAGACUGAAAAAGAAACAGUGCCAACAGGAACAAUAAAUCAGGAAGAACUGAAAGAGCAAACCAGCCCAGACUUCAAUCUCACAAAGAAAAUUACAUCAGCUGUAGAGGAGCAGGAAAACACACAAGAAAUGCCCGAGGAAGACACAACUCUGUCACUGAAUAUGAUGGACAACAGAACAACAGUGACAACAGACUUUCUCAAUACUACUGAAGAAGUCAAAGAGCCAGAAGAUUUAACUCCUCUUCCAGUUUAUGAUGUAUUUCAAAUGGACUUGAUUCAAGCUGUGGAAGCCUCAGUUUGGAAUGAUAAUUCAGACUCACAAAAUAUCUCAAAUCAUGAUGACAAUGUCACGACCAAAUCUGUCCCAUCUGACUUACUCGACCAAGAAGAGACCUCUCACAUCCCAAACACAGAAUCUUCACCUUGUGACGAUGACUCAGCGGGACGAGAACUUUGUGUCCGACAGACAACUAACGUGAAUGAAUCUGAGGGAGAUGUCCUGUUAAACGAAGCAAAGAGUUUAAUGGGUGCACUAGGGUCUGUAGAGGUUGACUUGGAAGAAGAACGCAAAGAUCCUUUCAAUGAAGACCAUUUGGCUCAAGAAACAAACACUUCAAUUGAAGUCACACACGAUGAACCUUUUUCUGUUGCACAAAAUGAAACGGAAACAGUUGAAAUUGGUCCUGAGGAAAACACAAGACCAAAGCCAGCUGAGAAAGUUGGGAUUUCUCCAGCAGCAGAUGCAUCAAACAGCCGAGGAGAAACGGACAACAAAGAUAAAACAGAUCAAAGUAACUUGGAUGUGGAAGUAGAUGUGAGCAAUCUUGACAUGGUGGAGGUGAUGGAGGAGUUAUCGUCAUUAGUCACAAUAGAGGAAAAUUCCCAUUGGUCACUGAGUAAUGUGGAUAAAGAAAUGGAAAUUAAUAAAACCAGUUCUGUGCACAAUGAUGGACAAAAGCUGCAAAGCAAUACCUCUGACCUGCAGACAAUAGAGAGUAACAUGAUUCCAAACAGAGAUGAUUCAGUGGCUCUUCUUCCUGAUCAGUCAGCAUUCCACAACGAGGAAUUUGUUAAUCCUGCCGCAUUUGUUCAUGGAACUGAUAUAAAGGCUGGUGAGGUAGAUGUUAGUGAGGAGCCAACACAGCAAGAUGAUUUUAGAAGCGAUGAGUUGCAAACAACCUCUGUGAUCAUCGGUAGAAGAAGUCCAUCAAUAAAUGUGAUGCUUUCAUCACCAACAGAGUUGGUGUCUCCAAUGGAGAGUCAAAAUGAAUAUUUGAGCUCAUCUGAGGUCGGAGGUGCGCAGCACUCUGAGGAUGUUCUGGAGGAAGUGCAUGACGAGGAAGUACAGCCAAUGCAUAUCGAUGACUCCUCAGUUGAGGAAAGCAAACCCUGUGUACAAACUCUGGAAUCAGAAACCAUGUCGCCUUUUGAUUCACAACCUGUGGACAAUUCCCUGAGCAUCAAAGAGGAAACUCAGUCGGGCUUCAAGCUCACAGGCAACAGAAGAAAACUGGGGUCCAGCCGAAGACUUAAAGGAAGACGGCACGGCCCAGAGAUUACUGGACCAGAAGAGGAGGUGGUAGAAAAUACCUGCAGUGAUGAAGAAAAGACUGAAAAAGAAACAGUGUCAACAGGAACAAUAAAUCAGGAAGAAUUGAAAGAGCAAACCAGCCCAGACUUCAAUCUCACAAAGAAAAUGACAUCAGCUGUAGAGGAGCAGGAAAACACAGAAGAAAUGCCCGAGGAAGACACAACUCUGUCACUGAAUAUGAUGGACAACAGAACAACAGCAACAACAGACUUUCUCAAUUCUACUAGAGAAGUCAAAGAGCCAGAAGAUUUAACUCCUCUUCCAGUUUGUGAUGUAGUUCAAAUGGACUUGGUACAAUCUGUGGAAAUUACAUCAGCUGUCGAGGACUCUGUUAUUAUAGAAGCUCUACAAAGUGAUAAGCAAAGUCCAGAAGGCAUUAAAGAAGGCCUUAUACAGGAUCAACCUUUCAAAUCAGUAGAGGUACCAAGUGUUGUUGUGGUAGAUAAGGAGAUGUUAGAAUCUGUCAUACAAGAGCCAAACAACGCUCCUGAAGGAGCUCACAAAACCAACUCUGAGAUGAAGCAUUCAAAUCCACAUGUCAGUCCCAAUAGGCGGAGAAAGAUGGGCUCCACCCGCAGAAACCAUGGAUCACGAUCCAAAGUGAAAAACUCACAUCAAGAGCCGACACAUACACAAUCAGAGAGUGUAGAAUCCUCCAACCAAUCAGAGAAAAGCAGCUACAGAGAACACACAGAGCCUAAAUAUGGAGUUGAGCAAGUGGCAGUUUCAUCACCAACAGGGGAGAUGUCUCCAAUUGAGAGUCAAAAUGAACAUUUGAGCUCAUCUGAGGUCGGAGCUGCGCAGCACUCUGAGGAUGUUGUGGAGGAAGUGCAUGAAGAGGAAGUAAAGCCAAUACACAUGCAAACAAUGCAUCAAAUCGAUGACUCCUCAGUUGAGGAAAGAAACCCCUGUUUACAAACUCUGGAAUCAGAAAUUAAGACGCCUUUUGAUUCACAACCUGUGGAUAAUUCUGUGAGCAUCAAAGAGGAAACUCAAUCGGGCUUCAAACUCACAGGGAACAGAAGAAAACUGGGGUCAAGCCGAAGACUUAAAGGAAGACGGCACGGCCCAGAGAUCACUGGACCAGAAGAGGAGGUGGUAGAAAAUACCUGCAGUGAUGAAGAAAAGACUGAAAAAGAAACAGUGCCAACAGGAACAAUAAAUCAGGAAGAACUGAAAGAGCAAACCAGCCCAGACUUCAAUCUCACAAAGAAAAUGACAUCAGCUGUUGAAGACUCUGCUAUAAUAGAAGCUACACAGAGUGGUAAGCAAAGUCCAGAAGGCAUUAAAGAAGGCCUUAUACAGGAUCAACCUUUCAAAUCAGUAGAGGCACCAAGUGUUGUUGUGGUAGAUCAUGAGACGUUAGAAUCUGUCAUACAAGAGCCAAACAAUGCUCCUGAAGGAGAUCACAAAACCAACUCUGAGAUGAAGGAUUCAAGUCCACAUGUCAGUUCACCCAACAGGCGAAGAAAGAUGGGCUCCACCCGCAGGAACCUUGGAUCACGAUCCAAGGUGGAAAACUCAAAUCAAAAGCAAGAGCUGGAUAAAGAGGAUGUAAAUGUUGGCGAUGUUUACUCUGAAAGUGUCUCAGUAAUCGCUGAAAAGGAGCCACCGAUUAAUGAUCAGCAAGAAAGCAGUGACUCUGAGCAAAGGAAAGAGAAGGUGUUUGAAACAGUGGAAUUGAGUCACACUGGUGAAUCUCAGGGGAAAUCUCCAGCUCGGCAACCACUCGAAGAAAAUCCUGAUUCUCUCAGUCAACAAGCAGAAAGAGAGCCUCAUCUAACCCCAGAUCACCUCACUGCACUAUCCCCUCAUGAUGUUACGUCAGAACCAGCAGCUGGAGGGAGAAGAAGAAAGAUGGGAUCUAGCCGGAAGUCACGUGGACCUCAAAAGGAUGACGACAGCAUGAUGAGUGCUCAAAAAGAGAGAGAUGCGAUUCUGACUGAUGAAAGUGUUCGCAAGACAACACAAGAGCACAGAGAAGAGUCUUCGGCCCUGGAGGAAAAACUAGAGGUGGACGAAAGUGUCAAACAGUCAUCAUCCGGCGUCGGCGUCUCAAACACCCCAGAGCACUCGAGGCCUUUGAGUGGGAAGGCACCUGAAAGAGGGACUCCGGUUCAACGGCACGAUGCUGAAAUGCGCCUGAGACAAGAGAGUCAAAAGACUUUUUCUUUGGCAGGUGAUUCCAGAGGAGCAGACAUCGGAUCAAAACGUUACAACGUGAUGCUGGUUGGAGACAGCAGCGUAGGCAAGACCUCCCUGAUGCAAAGAGCUCAAAGUGGGAAGUUUUCUUUCGAAAUACCUGCCUCUAUCGGCCUUGACACCUCUUUGUGGACUGUGGUGGUGGAUGGAAAGCCUGUGGUGCUCCAGUUAUGGGACACAGCGGGUCAGGAAAGGUUUCACAGCAUCACCAGGCAGGUUUUUCAUAAAGCGCAGGCGUUUCUCCUGAUGUACGACAUCACAUGUUCUCAGAGCUUCACCGCCAUCAGCUACUGGGCAGACUGCAUCCAGGAAGCUGCACCAGAAGACGUGACCAUUUUACUUCUUGGGAACAAGAGUGAUAGUGGAAAACGGCAGGUUAACACUGAGGAGGGAGAAACCCUUGCUAAGGAGUACAACUUUGAAUUCAUGGAGUGCAGCGCUGCCACAGGUGAUAACGUGAUUCACUCUUUGGAAACCGUCGCCAGGAUGUUGAGUGAAAAAGAUGACACAAGUGAGGAAUCCAUGGUGUUACACAAAGAGCCCCCCCGGAGCAAAAGGUCAGGAUGUUGCUGAAUUUGUGACGAUGGAGAAACUCGGAUCCAAGUGGAGGUUCUGCAUUCAGUGUUCAUCACAACUAUUGUUUUAAUCCAUGGUUACAUUUCCUUUGUACGUCUGCCUUUGGACAGUUUAGUAUUUCUAUCAAGCCUGAUCAGGUCAAUGUUUGAUUUAGAUGAUAAUAUAAGAGUAUGAAUUUAUAUGUGUGCUUACUGGACAUCUCUAUGUAUAUACUAUACACCCAAUGCAGGUACUGUAUAAUACCAGGAUUCGAAGAACAUCCAAUUUUUUUCUGUAAAAAUGCUCAUUUGUAUCAUUGUUCGCUGUAUGUUUCAUCAAUUUAGAUUAAUUUACCUUCCAUGAAACACUCUGCAGUACUUUACAGGUCCAAUUUCAUAUCGAUGAUCAGAUUAAAUUGAUAUAUAUAGAAGCACUUUAGGAAUGUAAGAAUUUAUGAAAACAUAUCGUCUUGAGGUCGUAUCGACCUCUUAAAGCGCUUCACAGUACAAGACACAUCCACUCACACAUUCAUACAGACCUACUAUUCACAGCGCUCUUUCAAUCACACAUUAUUCACACACUGCCAGAGGAAACUUCAGAAUGCAGACUGGAGGAGCCGGGGAUCGAACCACCGACUUUCUAGAUACUGGUUCUACCUCCUGAUCAACAGCCACCCAAAACAAAAGGUUUUCACAAAGAAAAUCAUCUACAUCAUGCAGCUAUUUAGUGUUUGUUCUACACUGUUUGUAUUUUACAAAGUGUUAUUUCAAAAAAGUAUUAAACUCCUUGUGAUCCUUGUGUUUACCAUCUGCUCUGAAGGAAUGGUGUCGGUCUCAUAAAUUAAUUUCAUUCCUCUAUUAUUAAAGACAGUGGUAAUAAAAUGAUUGACUUGCUCUCAG